GGGACUCAUUCUGGUGAAUAUGUUUUAAUCCCAAGAAUUCCAUUGGAGUUGGAUGAUACACACAUAUGUCCAAUUACUUUUAAGAGGCUACAAUUUCCGCUAAGAUUGUGUUUUGCAAUCAGCAUCAACAAAUCUCAAGGACAAACAUUGGAUCGUGUCGGUGUUUAUUUGCCUCAUCCUGUUUUUUCACAUGGACAGCUAUAUGUUGCUUUAUCAAGGGUCAGAACAUCAAGUUCAAUAAAAUUCUUAAUUCGACCGCCAGUUGCUGAUAUGGAUUCAACAUGUGAAACAAGAAAUGUUGUGUACACUGAAAUUUUGCAUGCGGCGACAUGAUGAUAAAUCUGGGUACUUUGUAGAAGGCAGGUUGUCAAGAAAUGGAAGAGCGUUUGAUUCCAAUGAAUGAGAUUCUCCCAGGAACGAAGGAAUGGAAAUGCAAGGUGAGAGUGAUCAAGAAGCAAGAACCUAAGCAAGCUAACAAUAAUCCUAAUAAAUUUCAGAAAUUAAUCUUGGGUGAUGGCUUGGGCCACACUCUUGAUGCCGUGAUAUUCCAUGAUAAUAUAGAUAGGUUCAAACAUGUGCUUCAAAAGGGUAAUGUUUACAUGGUGAAAGGAGCCUAUGUUUCUGAUCCAAAGCAAUACAGGAAUCCAAUUGUGACAUGUAAUUACCAAUGGACGUUCAGAAAAGAUACUUCGGUGAAUAAAGAACCAAAUGAUUCGAUACCUGCUGGUGGACUAAGUUUUAGAACAACUCCAAGUUGCGAGUUCCACAAAUUCCUCUCAACAAAGACAUUGAUCAGUUAAGCUAAGCAACUUAAUUAUUGAAGAAUUGAAAAUGAUAUUUUUAUAUUUAUUUUAGCAAUAUUUUGUGUAAGUUUAGGAAAAGAAUUAUUGUACUUAUUAUAUUUUAGAAUGGGAUUAUUUUACUGUGAC